AUCUGUGGGCGGGGACUGAUGGCAUCAGGGAAGCGAGCCGUGAAACUUGGCGUAGCUUAAAAGAGGGAGUUAUGUUUAUAAGUCGCUCUACAGAAAGCCACUCAGGAAAAGAUGUAUUGUCUCGGCUAGCUCAGCACGGAUGUUGUCAACUCAGCGCAAUGUUUACCAGAAGUUAAUAAAACGGUCUGUAAGGGUGAAGUAGGAAGGUGGACUAUUACGACACCGAGCUUCCUGAACAGAACAAACGCUGAGGUAAUCGACACCUACAACAACGGAGGACGGCGAAGGGGAAGAAUUAAAGUACACUAUAAGGUUGACCAGCACUUAAACGUUUUGAGUUAUUGUUACCACACAACUCGAGUCAACUUUUAGUCAAACUUGACGGACUUUUAGAGAUGUCUCUGCUCGACCAGAGCCAGCAGUUGUUCCCAACGAGUGUUGUGGUAACGGUGCAUCAGGCUCAGAACCUGCGAACCAAGGGCAAGAAUGGCACCAACGACGCCUACGCCAUCAUCCAGGUGGCCAAAGACAAGUUCUCUACUUCGGUGGCGGAGAAAUGUGUCUCUCCGGUGUGGAAAGAGGAGGCAUCGUUUGACCUCCCGCUCUUCCACCCGGGAAAUGCCGAGCGCUGUACGCUGUACAUUAUAGUCAUGCACCGUGCCCAGGUGGGACUGGACAAGUUCCUGGGCCAGGCCGUCGUCAACCUGCUGGAUCAUCACGCAAAUCAGUCCCGCAAGAAGACAGACUGGUACAAACUGGUGGACAAGACUGGAAAGGAGGACAAGGUGCGAGGGGAGGUGCUCCUAGAUAUCCAGUUCAUGAGAAACAACAUGUCAGCUAGCAAAAAGAAGGAGGGUCCCUCAGAUUCUGUCUCGGCUAUCGUCCCCCCUGUCAGCCAGGUGCUCACAGACAGUGAGGGGGAAGCCGACGCGCAGUCGCUGGAUCAGUCUCCCGGUGUAAAGAAGAAGUCAAAAAUCAGGAAUCCCUUUGCCUCCAAAUCAAACUUGCAGCGCAACAUCUCCCAGUCGUUGUCCACACUCGGGACGCUCCCUGAAAAGAACUCGUCGCUCUCUGCCAGCCGCUCCUCUGGCCUCAAUGUGGAUUCCUCUGAAGGAAAAAAGAAAUUCAAAUUCCCGGGGCACAAGCGAACAGGAAGCUCUGACAGCAAGGUUUCUGUGGGUGCGUUCUCCUUACUGAGCCGCUCCAAGCACAGCAACAGCGAGCAGAACAACCUGUGCAUCAACGGCAGCCACGUUUACGCAGAGGAGGCCGACGCUAAAACCGGAUCUACUGUCAGUCUGAACAGCUCGGGCCUGGGUUCUGUGGAGGACGUCCACAAACACACGUCUGUCUCUGCAGAUGUCAGUAAAAGUGUAGAUGUGCCUUCAUACAGUCACGAUUCUGCAGAUAAAGAACUACUGGAGCAACGGCGCCAUCAAGAGGAGGCGAAUAGAAGGCAGGCUGAGGAAAAGCGCAUCGCAGAGGCCAAGAGGUUGGAGGAAGAGGAGAAAUACAGGGCAGAGGCCAAGAGACUGCAGGAGGAAGAGCAGCGCAGGCAGCAGGAAGAGCAGGAGAGGAGAAGGCGCUAUCUAGAGGAUGAAGCAAAGAGGAGAAAACAGGAAGAGGAGGAAAAGAGGAAUGAAGAAGAGCGCAGGAGACUUGAAGCAGCUGAGAACCAGAAGCUUGAAGAGGAGCGCCGGAAAGCAGAAGAGCAGAAACGCCAGGAAGAGGCCUCCAUGAGUGAAAGGCUGUCAUCUCUGUUCGGGAUGAUCAGAAAGAAGGAGGACAAGAAGGACGAGGUCCAGCAGCAAAGCAAAGAUGAGCAGCCUCCUGCAGCAACCAAGAGCCCUGGCCACCCCGUCUCCCACCACUCCACUAAUGCAUUUGACAACAUCCCUCUUCACUCAGAUCCUCCAUCUGUCACCAACGAAAGUCUGUCUGACCCCCAGAAAUUCAGCCACAACCAGCAAACGCCUACUGCCACGCUCUUCCUCAACCGUACUGCCAAAGUGUCUGCAGUCAAACCCAGAUUGCCUCAGAUUUUGGAGUCUGAACCAACUGACUGCCAAAGCCCCAGUCAGCCAUGUCCUUCCCCAGCCCAAUUUGAGUCUACCCUUCCUAGCGUUCCACCAGAUUCCUCCAAUACCUUCUCCAGCUUGCACCUAUCAUUGGCUCCACCUAACAUAAGCCCAUCUGGUUCUCCUCGCGGCAGCACAGAAGAUUUAUCCUUUGUCGGAUAUAAAGGAUCUUCACCCCCCAUGGCGGACCACAGGAGAAGAUCAACCCAACCACCCUUGUAUUAUGCACACAGAACCCAGCCUGAAGAAAAUCAGGUUCCUGUCAGAGAGUUCAAGAACCCUGCGUAUGUAGAGGAUGAUGGAUCACAGCAAAAGAAGGUUUCUCUGCCUCCUCCGGAUUACAACAUGCUCUUUCCCCAGAAGAGACAUGGUGUGAAAGGUCAAACUCAAUGGGACCACCUGGUCUCUGAGUUCAGUCUGAAGCAUAGAGACAGUACACCUGAACCGGAACUUAUGGGUCCCGAGAUAAGUGUGGAUGGACCAGUAGAGGAACCAAGUCCUCAGUUGCAAGUAACACAGGAGACUCCUGCUAUUAAGAAACAUCAGGAGACCAGACCUGUGUCAUCAAAAAAGGUGGCAGCCCCUGCUCCGCCUAAGCACACGGCCUCUCAGGUCCCUCCUGCAGUGGCGGACUCCGGUCAGAGAUACGGUCAGAAGAUCACUCCUCAAUCUCUCCUAAGGUCCAGCUCACCUGCGGUCCCAUUAUCUGCAAAAGCGUCUUCCACAAGCACCGGAAAGUCAAAAGAUGGAGAAAGGAAAGUGCCGUAUUCCUCAGCUGUGGCUACACCUACACCCAGUCGAUUGGCUGCUGCUGAUACAACCCCAGCAGAUGAUCAAAGAAUAGUCGUCUUGAACAAAGAGGCACCAACAGCUAAACCAAGACAAAGGGCUAGUGGCACGAAGCCAGCAAACGAAGAGGAACCUGCUGCGAAGGCAAACAUCCAAUCAUUGUCCAGUUUAAACAUGAGUGGCAUGAACAAGAUGGAAAAGGAGAACUUUACACAGUCUAAUCAGUUUUCCAGCUCUGAGCGCCUACCUCAAGACCCAAAGGCACAGCUGAAGCAUGAUCAGGAAGCGGAUGUUGUUUCAGGCAACGUGCAAAGAAAACAGAAACCUGAAAAAACAGGAGGGAUGCCAGGUAAUUCUGAUAACACCUUAAAUCAGGACAAACCAUCUGCUGAUGUAAAUCACUUUGAAUCAGUCAAACAAGGUGAGAGCAGCAAAAAGGAUGAGCAAUCCAACCCGGGCAGUCCCACCUUUCAAAGGAGGAAUUCAUCGAGAAGAAAGAUUCUCCCGUCCUCAAUUCGCUCCGAGAACAUUUUUAUGUCAAAGCAAGAACCGGGACCUAAAGAGGCAACGACCUUACCCACAGAUGAUCAGGUGGUCUCUGCAAGAGGUCUCUCCAAUGCAUCUGUCCCACCGCAGUUUGAAAUGCCUGGGAAGGAGGAUCAAUCACCAGCUGAACCUUUUACUGCGACUUCAGCUUUUCCCUCCUCGCUGCCCCUCUCUGUUCUGUUGGAGGAACCAGCAACACAUGCAGAAAAUGUGCCGGGGGGAAAACCACUCUUGAAAGCGUGGGUAUCCCCCUCUGAAGCUCAGUCUGUCAGUAGUGGACAAGGAUUGAGUCCACGCAGGCCACAUCCAGUGAAGCCCUUGAAUUCAGCCGAGAACCAAUCCAGCAGCUCUUCUGCUGUAAAAGAGAACAGAGUUUUGUUCACCACCCCUGGAAAAACUAAGUUGGAAGAGUCGGGGGAGAGCGGCCCUUACAGCGAGCUGACAACUGAGGAGCUGGUCAAGCUGGUGGUCAAGCAGCAGACUGACCUGUCCAAGAAAGCCGCCAAGAUCACAGAGCUGGAGGAGUACAUCGACAACCUCCUGGUUCGGGUCAUAGAGGAGAAGCCCACCAUCUUGCAGGCGCUCAACAUUGCCAAGCCAGUGUGAGGGGAUCAGAGCGAGCCUGGCUUAUGAACUAUUUAUGUUUCAGAAAUGCGUUUGUACUGUUGUUGUUCAAAGAGGUAGAUGCACUAUCAACGUCUUUUAAAUAUAUGCACUUUUAUUAGUUUUAGAGGGGAAAAGUUUUCAGAGAAUUUUAGCAUCACUAACAAGCAACAAAGCUUUAUAAUUGACAUAAAAGACGAUAUUUAACUCUAAGGUACCGCCGUUUGAUUGGGUUGUUUUAAAACCAUACCUAAUGAACAUUAUGUAGUAAACUCGAAGAGCAGAGACUAUCUUUUACCUCUUUGAUCGCUUUUCUCUGGUGCUCUGUGUAAUUUACUGCUUCCUGAUGAUUCAUCCCAUACCCAUCCCUUUUCACUCACUUCAUCUGUCCUCCCAACACUGAAGUCCUGAUUAUUAUAUUCUAUAUUUUUUUUUUAUUAUUAUUUUUGAAAGCGUCUGUUUUGUAACCUGUCAACAUCACACUGUCCAUUCAAUCUUUUCAGGCAUUUUGUGCCCUUUGUUGCUACAGGGAGCUGUUAUGUAGAAAACUGGUGGCUCAAAGCAAGCAGCUGCUUCAUAAUGUGUGUUAUAUGAUUUUGUUUUUAAGCAGAGUAUACACAGUUUAGGAUAUGAAAAAGCAAUAGUACCGAAACCUGCCUUUUUAUAAUUGAUAAAUGUAUUGAUCACUGUGAUUGUCUUCCUGUAUGUGUUUAAUGUUAAACAGAGAUAACACUAAUGCAACCUUACCUAUGUCAAACUAAUUAAAGCCUUUGCUGAAAUAUAUACAUACAGUAUGUAGACAACUGUCUUCAAGCCUUUUUUUCCUCCAAAGAUUUGAUGGACAAAAUCUCCUUUUCAUCACUGGAAUGCAUAGCUUGAUUUAUAUUAUAUUUAUCCAACAUAUUGGUACAUAAAAAUCUGUAAUUUUGCUUUAUUUGGAAUAAAGACACUUAAGUAUUA